UGGCACCGACGCGGGCGGGAGUCGGCUUGGCCUUACUAGGAGCCGGUAAGCUGUUGCUUAUUUAUCCUGCGACCCUACCUUGAAUUCCUCUGAACCAUGGGGGAACACAGUCCUGAGAGUGUCAUCUAUUAUGAAGUGGAGGAAGAUGACUUGACACAGGAGGAUAAACCAUUACGGUUUGUAGACAAGAAUGGCCUUGUCUCAUCUUUGUCACGGACGGUGUACGACAGAACAACAGUCCUCAUUGAGCAAGACCAUGGGUCGCUGGAGGAAGAUGAAGAUGAAGGGCAGUGUGGUGAUUCUCUGCCUUUUCUACCUGAAGGUCAUGAGGACAGGUUUCAUUUGAUAGCGGACCAUGAAGGAAUGUCCCAGGGUUACGUCCAGCACAUUAUUUCUCCAGAUCAGAUUCAUUUGACUAUCAAUCCUGGUUCGACUCCGAUGCCACGAAACAUUGAAGGAGCCACCCUCACAUUGCAAUCAGAGUGCCCUGAGACUAAGCUUAAAGAAGUAAAACGCUACCAGUGCACAUUUGAGGGCUGUCCUCGUACCUACAGCACUGCAGGCAACCUGCGCACCCACCAGAAGACGCACCGAGGGGAAUACACCUUUGUGUGUAACCAGGAGGGCUGUGGAAAGGCUUUCCUGACCUCCUACAGUCUCAAAAUCCACGUUCGCGUCCACACCAAGGAGAAACCUUUUGAAUGUGAUGUUCAAGGCUGUGAAAAAGCCUUUAAUACACUGUACAGGUUGAAAGCCCAUCAGAGGCUUCACACAGGGAAAACAUUCAACUGUGAAUCAGAAGGUUGCAGCAAGUACUUCACCACGCUCAGUGAUCUACGGAAACACAUUAGGACUCACACGGGCGAGAAACCCUUUAGGUGUGAUCAUGAUGGCUGUGGAAAGGCCUUUGCUGCGAGUCACCACCUAAAAACGCACGUCAGAACACACACAGGUGAGAGACCCUUCUUCUGUCCCAGCAAUGGUUGUGAGAAGACCUUCAGCACACAAUACAGCCUCAAGAGUCACAUGAAGGGGCAUGAGAAAGGGCCCUCCUACACUGUACUUGCCAACAGCAACAUCUCUGAGGAUACAAACCACUCGCUCUGCCUGAGUGACCUGAGCCUCAUGUCCACGGAUUCAGAACUGCGGGAUAAUUCUAAUCCAAUGCAUGGACAAGAUCUGAGCACCAUAUCACCUGCCAGCAUUUUUGAGUCCAUGUUCCAGAGCCCGGAGCCUCCUGCCACUCAGGAAGACUCUCAACAGACAGCCGCCUUGAUUGAAGGUGUCGGUGGUGAUGCAGACUCGGCCCCUGCCAGCCAGCCGUCAGCAGGAGAGGCCAGACCUUUAUCCCUGCCGCUCGUUCUGCAGCUUGGUAUCUCUGAGCCCGCUCACCCUGCACCACCACCCCCUGCCCCCGCCAGUCCUCCACGGGAAGCAUACGGAACCCCUGCUGCUCUCUUACAGACCCCAGAAGUGCCUGCUCCUAACAGCACAUUCUUUGCCGCGAACCCUCAGAACUUCCUGCAGCCUGUUCAGCCGCCUCUGCAGCCCCUUGGGACUGGGCUUCCUGUUGUCACGGGUGCCCCCGCACAAGCCGCACCCAGUGCUCCCGAGGUGCUGCCUGGGGGGGUUCAGACCAUGCCUCUCAGAGGGAGUUCUGUGCUGUCUGGCAGUCCAACUAUCACCAUCACCCCUUCGCAAAGUGCGGCCAUUCUGCAGUCCAGCAUUGUCAUGGGAGAGCAGAACCUCCAGUGGAUUCUCAACGGUGCCAGCAGGAUGUCCCAGAACCAAGAGCAAAUGCCACAGGCCCCAGUGGUGGAGAAUGUCUUCUUUACUACUGCCUUGCCCGUCGCUGGUAAUGCAGGGAGCUCCAUGCAGCAAAUCGGCCUGAGCGUACCCGUGAUCAUCAUCAAGCAAGAGGAAGCCUGCCAGUGCCAGUGUGCCUGCCGGGACAUGAGCAAGGAGAAAGCCAGCAGCAGCAGGAAGAACUGUUCCCCAUCUGACUCCAAACCUUCAGGGGAGCCUCCUGCGCCAGGACCUCAGCCCUUCCCCGUGGCUGCUGCUGCCGCCCCCUCCACUGCUGCCCUCUCUUCCACGUUGCCUCCUUCCUGCGAGCAAAACUCUCUGGCGGGGAAGCCAUCAGACUCGCAGACCCAGUCCCUAAGUGCCAUGGAUGUUUCCGACUUCCUCUCCCUCCAGAGCCAGGAGGCCUCCUCCCCACUGAUCCCCAUUGAAGCCCUGCUGCAGGGGGAGGAAGAGCUCGCCCUUGGCAGCAGCUUCCCCAAGUGACGCCCUCCUGAUCCCGAGGAGAAGGUUCAGCAAGAGCCUGCUGUGCUCCCUGGCCAUUGAGUCCUGUUCUUAGGAGAAGAGGCCUGUCUGGAGGAAAAAGGCAAAGAUGCGUCGGAACCGCUGGGCCACUAUCUCUGUCGUGCCCCCUUCAGCUCCCUGUGAAUGAACGGGGGAAUCGGAGUCGUGUGGAAAGGACUGUUUGGGCUGGCGCUGCCUAUUUGCACAUAGCUUGGUGGAGGCUGGGGAAUGGUGCGGGCAGCAGGUCGAAGUCCUUGUUACAGUCUUCAGCAGAGUGUGCACUAUUAUGGGGGGGGUGAGGGGAACGGCGAGACGGGCUUCCAUUCGAGAGGCAACUGCACUUUUCAAGAUGGUGUCACCAACUUUCAGGGCCAGGGAGGAAGCGAGCUCACACUCCUUCCCAAAGGAGUUUUCCUCCCUGCUUGGAAGAUCUAGAAGUCUAAGCGAGGCACAUCUCCUCAGAGUUUGCACUGGAGUAAAACACUCUGUAGAGGCAGCCAGGUCUUCAGACUCACUCUCUCUUUCUCUCUCUCUCUUUCCUGCUUGGUAGUUGAGUGCCACUCUCAGGAGCAGCGGCCUGGGUGUUUACACAGACAUUGGUGGCUCAUUUGCACUGUUUCAGCUUUACCAGAACCACUUGCCCAAGCACAGUCGCUUUGCAGUGUAGCAAACACAGCCAUAGGCGCUUGGCAGGUUUCUUUCUGUAGGUGUGCAGCUUUGACUGUGGAAGCCUAUCUGUCCUACAGGUAGAUGUUGCUCUUGCCACAUAGGAAUUGCCCAGCCAGUUGGGGAAAAGCCCUCUUAGACGAUGCUGCCCAGCCCUUGGGCAAGUGAAUGCCAGUCUCUCUCCAGGGAGGAGUAGGUAUUGACAGCUUCCCACUUGCUUCCUCUAGGCUGUCAGGCAGUUCCAUGCCUGCUCAGUUCUGCCCUCCGCAUGCUGCUAUGGAAAUUGCAUCCACCUUUCCUUCUAACUUUACUCAGGGUAAAAUUGUAACACAGAUUCCCUUCACACCAAAGCCUGUAGUGCUCUGGGAAGCAUCCUCUCCUUUUCUAGCAUUCGAAUAUCCAGUCACUAAUUAGGAAGUAGGUGCUGUUUUGAGGGCUCUGCCCAACUGCGUCUGGGUUUGUGG